GCGGAGUUGUGGCAAGAUGCUCUCUGGCUACUGAGAGUGUGCUGGUAGAUCGCUGUGGACGGAACGCUUUAAGAAAACAUUAAAUAAUAUAAAAUUAAUUUAAAAGAAAACAAAACAUGAACUUAACAUGAGCGAGCUACUACUCCCGAAGUUUGUUCUAAAUAAAACAAACCUAUAAACGGAGUCUACUUUUUGUUGUGUGUUUUUCUUUUUUUUUUUCCACUCUUCAAAGAGGAAUUAGCCGUAUGCUGGCUAGAGGGCGGUGGCAUUUCGUUCUACACUACACAGCUAGCUAGUCAAGUGCUUUGACACAAGUCCCGGGAACCCUUUAACCUGUUUUCAUUUUCCCCCUCUCAUUUUCGCUCUUACCCCCCACCCGUCAUCUCAACUCUCCAGAAUUCAACCGGGGGAAACAACUGUCGGCAACGCUCCGAUCGCGACACUGUUUCUGGCAACUGUCAAUUAAGAACAGCGGAUAUUCCUCACCGAGGAGUUUUGUUCGUUUCUUCGUAUAAUGGGGAAAAGUGAACUGUUGGCGAAAACGCGAAUAAGAUUCGCGGGAUACUUACUGCGAAUGUGCGCCGCGCCUGGGUUCCUGCUGCUCGUUCUGCUCAACAUCGGAGCCGCGCAAGUGGACGAUGACUUCCUGGGACUUGGGGAACUGCCGGAGACAUUCCCCUCCGACCCCCCGGAGCCCCUCCCCCACUUCCUGAUGGAGCCUGAGGAGGCCUACAUCGUCAAGAACAAGCCUGUCAACCUCUACUGCAAGGCCACGCCCGCCACCCAGAUCUACUUCAAGUGCAACAGCGAAUGGGUCCACCAGAAGGACCACACGGUGGAGGAGCGCGUGGACGAGACCUCAGGUCUGGUGGUGCGGGAGGCCAGCAUUGAGAUCUCUCGCCAGCAGGUGGAGGAGCUGUUCGGCCCGGAGGACUACUGGUGCCAGUGCGUGGCCUGGAGCUCGGCGGGCACCACCAAGAGCCGCAAGGCCCACGUCCGCAUCGCAUAUCUCAGGAAAACCUUUGACCAGGAGCCAUUGGGGAAGGAAGUCUCUUUGGAACAGGAGGUGCUCCUGCAGUGCCGCCCACCUGAGGGGAUACCUGCUGCUGAGGUCGAGUGGCUGAAGAACGAGGAGAUCAUUGAUCCCGCAGACGACCGCAACUUCUAUAUCACGAUCGACCACAACCUCAUCAUCAAGCAGGCUCGCCUGUCGGACACGGCCAACUACACCUGCGUGGCCAAGAACAUCGUGGCCAAGAGGAGGAGCACCACGGCCACCGUCAUCGUCUACGUGAACGGUGGCUGGUCAACCUGGACCGAGUGGUCGGUGUGCAACAGCCGAUGUGGGCGGGGCUACCAGAAGCGCACCCGCAGCUGCACCAAUCCCGCCCCUCUCAACGGGGGGGCCCCCUGUGAGGGACAGAGCAUCCAGAAGCUGGCCUGCACCUCCCUUUGCACAGUGGAUGGGGUAUGGACAGAGUGGAGUAAGUGGUCUACUUGCGGGACUGAGUGCACCCACUGGAGGAGGAGGGAGUGCAAUGCUCCCGCACCUAAAAACGGGGGCAAGGACUGCGAGGGCAUGGUGCUGCAGUCGCAGAACUGCACAGAUGGGCUCUGCAUGCAGAGUUCAUUAUAUCAGAUGUCUACCGAGCCUAAGGCCAAGAGUGAUUUUGGAUUGCCAUCCGCGCCCAGCACGGAUGACGUGGCACUCUACGUGGGCAUUGUCAUCGCUGUCAUCAUGUGCCUGGUCAUCUCCGUCAUUGUGGCACUUUUCGUCUACCGCAAGACCCACCGCGACUUCGACUCAGACAUCAUUGACUCCUCGGCACUCAAUGGAGGCUUCCAGUCUGUCAACAUCAAAACGGCGCGCUCAGCUGACCUCCUGACUGCGCCCCCCGACCUGACAUCGGCGGCUGCAAUGUACCGUGGCCCAGUCUACGCCCUCCAUGACGUGUCUGACAAAAUCCCCAUGACCAACUCGCCCCUUCUGGACCCCCUGCCGAACCUGAAGAUCAAGGUGUACAACUCGUCAGGCCUGGCCACACCCCAGGAGGACGGCUCUGACUUCUCCUCCAAGCUCUCGCCCAAGGUCACGCACUCCCUCCUGGACAGUGAAACCAUGAACCUGCGCAACCAGAGCCUGGCUCGAACCCGUGACCCAUCCUGCACCGCCUUUGGGUCCUUCAACUCUCUGGGAGGACACCUUAUUGUGCCCAACUCUGGUGUGAGCUUGCUGGUGCCAGCAGGGGCCGUCCCUCAGGGCCGGGUGUACGAGAUGUAUGUGACGGUGCACAGGAAGGACAACAUGAGGCCCCCCGUGGAGGACGUCCAGACUGUUCUGAGUCCAGUGGUGAGCUGCGGCCCACCCGGCGCCCUGCUCACCCGCCCUGUUAUCAUCACCAUGCACCACUGUGCCGAGGCCGAGAGCGAGGACUGGCAGAUCCAGCUGAAGAACCAAUCACAGCAGGGCCAGUGGGAGGAUGUGGUGGUGGUGGGUGAGGAGAACUUCACCACACCAUGCUACAUCCAGAUGGACACAGAGGCAUGCCACAUCCUGACCGAGACGCUGGGGACCUACUGCCUGGUUGGCCAGUCGGUCAGCAAGGCUGCCGCCAAGAGGCUCAAGCUGGCCGUGUUCGGACCCGUCUCCAGCACCGCCCUGGAGUACCACAUCCGGGUCUACUGCCUGGACGACACCCAGGAUGCGCUCAAGGAGGUUCUGCAGAUGGAGAAACAGAUGGGAGGGAAGCUCCUGGAUGAACCAAAGACGCUGAAUUUCAAGGACAGCAGCCACAACCUCCGGCUCUCCAUCCACGACAUCCCACACACUCUCUGGAAGAGCAAGCUGCUGGCCAAGUACCAGGAGAUCCCCUUCUACCAGGUGUGGAGCGGCUCCCAGCGGACCCUGCACUGCACCUUCACCCUGGAGCGUUUCAGCCCCAGCACGGCCGAGCUCACCUGCAAGCUGUGCGUCCGCCAGGUGGAGGGAGAGGGACAGAUAUUCCAGCUCAACAGCACUUUGUCUGAGGACACCCAGAGCAUCGACACCUCGCUGAUGGACCCGGCCAGCAACAUCACCACCCUGGUGGGACCCAACGCCUUCCGCAUCCCGCUGUCCAUCCGGCAGAAACUGUGUGGCAGCCUGGACGCGCCACAGACCCGCGGCAACGACUGGAGGAUGCUGGCGCACAAGCUCAACCUGGACAGGUACCUGAACUACUUUGCCACCAAGUCGAGUCCAACUGGCGUGAUUCUGGACCUGUGGGAGGCGCAGCACUUCCCUGAUGGAAACCUGAACCGGCUGGCUGCCGUGCUGGAGGAGAUGGGUCGCCACGACAACAUCGUGCCCAUGGUGACAGAACACUGACACGCCGUCCUCAGAAAGGCCCCCAGGUUGCAUGGGGACUGGCAAGACAGAGACAGUCGCAAUCUCUCACUAAUGUAGGAGGCGCCUGAGAAAACAAAUGACUUUAAAGAGAGAGAGAGAGAGAGAGAGAGAGAGAGAGAGAGAGAAAGAGACCCCGUGUAUCUUAAUGAUGAGUCGUGGUACUGCUGAGACUCAUUGUAACAAAAAAUACAAAACAACAACAAAAAAAUGAACCAGACAACGAUAAAAAAAAAUGUAAAAAAUAAAACAAAUGAGGAUCUUCUUGUUAGCCUUAGCUGUACAUUCCUUGGUACAGUUUUUGUUUUCCUUUAUACAGUUUCCUAGGAAACGCCUUAAUUCUGCUGUCCAUAUACGUGGAUGACCUCCUACUCCAGACAUUAUUGUGUGUAGGAUACUCAGUAACUGGGAGGGAGGGUCAGAGAGUCAGGGAGGGGGUGGGGAUCUAGGGAUGGAGUCUAGCGCUCCCGCCUAUCGGUGCAGGUGUGUGAUGGAGAACCAAAUACAGUAUCUCUCAUCUGCGCCAUUUCCACCUGCCUGCUCCAUAUAUCAGCCAUUAUGUUUAUCCUCUAAUUCACAUUUAUGUCUAAGCAUUCUCAAGUAUUCGUUUUACAUACAUACAUACGUACAUACAUACACACAUACAUGUGUAUGUAUGUGUAUACGUAUAUAUACACGUGCAUACACGUGUAUAUGUGUCUGUCUGUAGGCAUCGUCACAUUUAUUUAUGCAUAUUAUAAUUUUCUUUUUCCAGUAAUUUUACGCAACCGUAUAUUGUGCCUGCAUAUCUUUUCUUCUUUGUUUUUUUAUUAUUAUUUUCUUACGUUAAAUUCACUGUUCUCUGGUGCCACCUAAUGGACAUGGUGAAGAACACCAUCUAUAGAAAUAAGACGUACCUUACAAAAAGACAUUAAAAAACACACGAACAUGUAAAUAUACAUUUACCAAGUAUUUCGUAAUAUCUAUACGCCUUUUUGUUUAGCAUUAAUCAUUCUCAUCGGAUUUUUGUGUUUUUUUUUCUGAUUUUAAACUCAUUUUUGGGUGGACGUAUAAAAUAAUUUCCAUGCAGCUAAACUGUAGUUUUGUGCACCGACCGAACGGCAGUACAGUGGUGCGUCUCUACACUUGCGUGCUUUUGGGGAGAUUAAUAUGUGAAGAACCUUGGCCAGUAAAGCUGUCAUAGCGAAGGAAGGCCUUGUGUAGGACAGGUCUGCCCUUCCGGUGCCGGCUGAUCCCCGGGAGCCUCCCCUGACACAGAACACACAGAUCAGGCUCCUGAAUACAGAGAGCGGCCAAGCCGAAGUGCGCUUUCGGUCAGAAUUGUGAAUGUUGGAGGAGGCUUCAGCCCCGCUGAAUUAAUUUCUCUCCUUUCGCAAAACGAGACGAAAUUAAUUCAGCAGCAGUAACGAGAGCGGAAUGUAGAGAGAGGCGGAGUGUCUCCAGCGCUAGAUGGUAUCAUGUUUUGACCGAAUUCAGCUCGCAUUUGAGAUAACAGAACUUACUUCUGCAAUUUUCAUGAUAAGUCGGUCCGUUUUUCCUCACAGCUUAAGCAGCUAACCAAAAUGGUGAAGUGGAAAAUUUAGAAUGAAAUCUAAAACCACUGAAGAAAUACUGUCUGAAAUUUUGCAUUAUCCUGAGGUAAUGAAUCCUGGUUUACGCGAUUACUGAAAACCUCCUCCGCGCAUUGCCAUUGUUUUUAUUUUGAAGGUAACAUUUGCAAAUAAAGGUUACUGAAAGAAUAGUAAUGAACAUAGGUGUCUAUACAUUCCAUUCCACAGGUAUAUACAGUAUAUAUUUACUAAUAAAUGUAGAGAACAAUUUGAAAGAGGCGCAUCUGUAAGAGAUGAAAACUGAGAAAUUUAGGAGGGAAUUUUGUACUUUAUUUAUAUGAUGUUUAUACAAGUGGCAUACAAUCCCCCCUAAUUUAUUGAACCAAGGAAAAAAAAAGGUAUUAUUACAGGUGUACACAAGAGUUCAGUCGUAUUGGUAUUUUGUGCUACGGUCACUAGAGGGAGAUGUUAGCAUGUCUCACAGUUCAAAGGUCAUGUCAGAGGCUUCACUGUCUCUCUUUAGUUUGGAACCUUUGAAUUCAACUUUGGGUUUUCCUUGAUGGUCUCAAAUGAGCAUAAAUUUGUACUGCAACACUUCUAGAAGUUCUGCCAUGAUGGGGCCUUGAGUGUUCACCUUUCAGAAAAGUUUAAGGUUCUGUGUUGAUUUGCUUUCUUUGUGGCUCCUUGUUCUGCUAUCCUGUCAUAUCUGGGACUGUGCAGAGGCUGAGGGGAUGUUUCCAUGGAUAGGAGUGCAUGUUGACCUCAACAAGACGAAGCAAGAUACAGCAAAGGGAAAAAGGGAUACAAGAAUAAAAUAUUGUGUUUAGAUAAUGAAGUAUGUAAAUGCGUUAUGAUGUACAGAAGUCUACUAUCAGACAUAUUUUUUACCAUUCGUUUCAGUAUAUUUAACAGCAGUACAGUUAAGUAGUUUGUAAGUUUGUUUUUUGUCCAUCUUAUUUUCUCUAUAAAAGCUGUCCAAUUUUCUAAAGCUGUGUCUACUAUGCAAACUUGGCAUCCUUUAUAAACAAGACGUACUAAUAGAACAGUGCUAGCAAGUGCAUUUUACGAGUAUUAUUUUACCAUUAUGAUGAAUAUUAUUAUUUGUAAAGUGAGGAUGUGAUCCACUCUUGUUUGGCACGCUUCAUGACUGAUACUUGCAAAUGCUUGCAUCUCCUCUGUCAAGUUCUGUAAAAAGUGUAAGAAAGAAUUUUUAAACAAGUAAUAAAUUAUAUUUAUAAGCAACUCUGAA